AUCAUAAUAUCGAGCAGAAAUUUUCUCCCCAGGCUUUUGUUUAGGCCUGCUUUUUUUUCUCGAUUUAUGCAGAAAUAUAGCAGUUUCUGCGCCCGUGGGAGUUGGGUUUGGUUUGAGGAGCAGUUGUGACUGAGUCGGAGCCCCAGCGGGAGUCGGAGUCGUGACAGGACGUGGUGCAGGCGUGGGCGAGCACCGCGGAUCGGAUCUCAUUUUUCGCCGGCGGAGGUUUGCAGUGUUGAUGGCCGAGACCGCGGCUUGUGAGCUCCCCGUCCUCUCGGGCUGAACCCCGCCGCCCUGCAGACAUGCACGCCCGGCUGGAGCACGCCCCCGUGGCCCGCAGUGACUCCACCAUCCACACGCUGUCCUGGAACGGCAUCAUCCCGGCCAGUGAGCGGGAGAAGUCGGUAGCGCGGCGGAGAUACUGCCAUGAGGGCUGGCUGGCCACGGGGAAUGCCAAGGGCGUGGUCGGCGCGACCUUCACCACAUCACACUGCAGGAAGGAGUACAAGGCCCCUCCCCGCAGUAACUUCAACCUCCGCGGACACAACAGUGAGGUAGUCCUGGUGAGAUGGAACGAACCCUACCAGAAGCUAGCCACCUGCGAUGGCAACGGUGUUAUCUUUGUCUGGAUCAAGUACGAGGGCAGAUGGUCCAUAGAACUGGUCAAUGACAGGGGCAGCCCCGUUAGCGACUUCAACUGGAGCCACGACGGGCGGUUAGCGCUCAUCUGUUACCGAGACGGGUUCGUGCUGGUGGGGUCGGUCGCCGGACAGCGGUACUGGUCCUCCAUGUUAAACUUGGAGGAGUCCAACAUCCUGUGUGGGGUGUGGACCCCGGACGACAAACAGGUGCUGUUUGGCACUGCGGAUGGCCAGGUGAUCGUCAUGGACAGCCACGGUGCCAUGGUAGCACAGUGUAUCCUUGACGAUGAUGAUGAGAUCCGCUCCCUCGCCUGGUCGGGUGAGAAGUUCCACAUGGUCAACACCAGCGACUCCGAGAGUGAGGUGGAGGAGAGUCCGUCCACUCCCAAACAGAAAGGUCAGAGAAGGAGGCAUUCCCAGCGGCAGGCAGCCCUGAAGAGUGGACACAUCCUGGCUGUGGGGUUUGGUAGUGGUGAUGUGGCACUCAUGAAGUCUUAUGACGACAUGGCACCUGUACUCAUCAGAACCAACAUGAUUGCGACCAAACUGGAGUGGAGCAGCUGUGGUUUGUUCCUGGCCGUGGGAGGCACACACCGACACAUCACCGACCCUGACAGUGUCAGCGCUGUCAAGUACUACGACACCAGCGGCCAUCUUAGAUUCACUCUCAACAUUCCCUCACAGAGAGCACUCACUGCCAUGACUUGGGGCCACAACGACAAGAGAUUUUUUGUUGCGUCUGGUUCGAGUCUGUUUGUGGCGUGGGUGGAGAAGGAGGUGGCGCCGCUCCAGCUGCUCUGUAUGGAGGUGGUCGGGACGAUGAUCAAGGAGGAGAAACAGGUUGCUAGGCUACCGUUGCCAAGCCGCAUCAAGACCUACGUCACUCAGGCCUUCUCACCCACCAUCAAGCAGGGAUGUAUUCCAGAUCCAAGCAAGUUGAGAGAAUUUGUCAGUCAGACUAGCGUGGGAGCAGAGAGACUACACUGCACCAUGGUCAGGACUGAUGAUGACGGUUACACGCUGUACUUGGAGUACCUAGGGGGCCUUGUUCCACUACUGAAGGGCAAGAAAGUCAGCAAACUCAGGCCAGAGUUUGUGAUCUUUGACCCUGAAGUCUGCACUAAAGAUGACAAGUCAGAUGACGAUGGCGGGAUCUUCAGCGGGCUGAGCAGCAGCGGCUGCAGCAGCGGCAGUGACUUCAGCGAUAACGACAGCGACGAGCUGCAGAGUCGGCGCAGGUCGCCCGGUCAGCUGGGGAGGAAGGGCGGCGAGAAGGAGCGAGACACGGUGUACCUGGACAACCUGCCGCAGGAGAACCGGUUAGUAGAGGUGACCUCUAACAUCUGGGGCACCAAGUUCAAGGUGCACGGCCUGGCGCCCUUCCUCCCGGCCUACAUGGGCGCCGUGAACUACAAGACCAGCCUGCUGCACCUGCAGCCGCGCCAGAUGACCAUCUACCUGCCGGAGAUCGGGAAGGGGAUGCGGCCGCCCAGGGACACCACCUUCAACCCCAACAUGUUCAGUGAGGAUGAGGAGGAAGGAUCUCCAGGCUGCAGGGAUAGUGGGAUCUCCAAUGUGGAACCCCCUCCAGAAGAAAUGGAUGUUCCCAUCUGCCCUGUCAGCUGUGCAGACUCCCUCCGCUCCGUCAAGAAGGAACUUCUCACCACACGGAUGAACCUCGCCAACGAGGACAUCUUCUCCUCAGCCAAUCAGAUCACACUACCCGGAAAGUAUUUUGUAGAGGUGCACCAUGGGAACUCAGAGGUGCACCACGGGAGCGGGGUAGAGGUGCAGCGUGGGAGACAAGAAGCCCAGUGCAUCAGACCAGACUGCUAUGAGAGAAGAGAGCUCUCUCCCAGUGAGAGAGAACAGUACAUAUCACAAGGGGCCAUUCCUAAAGCGUACAAUCAGUUGAGGCACUUAUAAAAACCUAGAGGAGUUAGACGGACAGACAGAGUGUGAUGGAGAGAUCUUAGCUGCAGAAGAACCACAGAAACUGCUAGAGGAAGGGGUGGUAACCAACGGGGACGGGGGAGUUGCAAACGAGAUG